AUGCUGCAGCAGGUGGAGGAGCAGCCAUCUGAAGGUGGUUCUGGACGCCGAUUCGCGGUUUGCACCGCCACUCGCCCUUUCAUCCUCCACUUUCUCCCCUUCAGAGCUCGCAACCUCCAUCUUUGCACCGCCUGCGUACUGGACUCCUACCCCGUUUCCUUCUGUCCCAUCUGCUUUGAUGUCUUCCUCCACAGUCCUCCUCCCCCUCACCUCCAUCUCCGAUGCUCAAAAUGCAUCUCUAUCUCACUCCUCUCUUGUGUCUCUGAUGCUGCUUCCUCCUCCCCUAGUUACUUGUGCCCUCCUUGUUCUAACCCUAAUUUUACUUUCUUCCAUGUCACUCCCAAUCCUGCUAAUAACGCCAUUGAAAUCAAUCUCCAUUUGGCUAAACAGUUGGUUGCCGCUGCUACCAUUGCUUCUGAGUCUAUCCACAAUGUUGCUGUUAUGGCCAGGAUAAACACCGACAUUAGGGUCCAGGAAGCUCUGUCAGCUAAGGCCGAAGCUGCCCAAGUUUUGGAUAGGUUAAAGAAUUUGUUGGACAACCAAGAUCAUUAAUUUGGUUCCAAUUUCUCGUCCACACUUGUUUCUAAUACUCUAGGUAACGACACAGGGGGAAAAAGAUAAAUGAAGCAAAAGGAUGCUCCUCUCAAUAGAUGCAGAUGAUUGUGAUACCCUUGAUGCUUAGCUUAAGUAGUUUCAAUUCUAAAACAAUGCUGUAUAAGAUUUUUCUUUUUUCUUUUUCUGUUGUGUGGCUGCUGGCAUCUUGCAACUUCGCUCUAUUUUUGAAUGCUCAGCUAUUUCAGGGGAUGCUUUUUGGCGAAUAGAGGAAUUGGAAUUAUUCAUUCAACUAUAUCUCACUUACUGUUAAUGCCUCUCUUUCAA